AUAAGGACAUAAAUAGGGUUACUUAUGUCCUUCCCAGUAGGGCUAAGAUGGUCGGCUCUUUAUCAUUUGUCACCAUGCCUGUCACGUUCAACAAGUAUGUAAGCGCGAAAGUGACGGGCAGAGACAAGUGAUAAAAAUGGAACCAUGCUGCCACCGCUGGACCUCAAACUAUCUCCAUAUCAAAUUUCAGCAUAGAUUCAACGGUUUAAGCGUGAAGAGGUAAAAAAAAGACAGACAUAGUUACAUCCGCGUUUGUGAUAUUAGUAGGGAUUGGGCUUAUAACAUAAAAACGAUUUAUCGUCUAAAAUACCACAUUUGCUUCAGAAUACGAAGUUUAGGAAAUCGAAUUGACGCUUUACCACGGCGCGUACGUAAGUAUAAAGGUAAACAAUUAUCCAGAACGAAUGAGUUUGCUACGUCCAAUUUACGUAAACGAACCGAAACAAAAGUAAUACAAUAUUUGCUCAACAACUUAAACAGGCGUUCGGACAUGGUGUUUGCUUCCCUUAUCACCUAGCUAAUAUGGUGCCUCGGUGAGUCACUUGAUAGCCCACACUCUGCACCAUACUGAUAAGCUGGAAAAGGAAAAAGGACGCCCAACCCCCAGAAAAUACGUAGGAAUAAGCGAGAACGCAUCAAUUUUCCAGUUGCGUUUCCCUUCGCCGAGCCGGCUAACGCUUCCAGCCGGCUUUUGUUUUUUCACUCAGUAUUGGUCGCGCCAUCGAGGCAGACUGUGUACUCUGCUCAGCGAAAAACGCUAAAUACGCUAAAACUGAUGCGAAAUAUGUACAUUUAAAGAGUGUUUAACGUCUAAAUACGAUCUAAGAACGUUCUGAAAGCGUAGUUACUCGAAUUUUCCGUUCCGUUUUACGUUUCUUUUCCGUUUUUAGUUUUGUUUUAUUUAGCCGCGAAAACGCCGGCUGUCAAAUUCUGUGUGUACGCAAUAACGUUCAGUGUACGUGUUGUGUGACGAUCUGGACCUGCUGGAGGCCAGUUUGUAUUAAUCUUGUGUGUUUUGGUUUUGUUAUUUACCGGGAGGUGUGGUUGAGCACGUGUCUUAUCGAUCGCCGGCGUCAAAGACUAUGGAUGAAGAAUUGCUUAUAAACCUGGUGAAGGAACACGGCGAGCUGUAUGAUUCGGAACACAAGCAGUAUGAAGACCAGCAUAAGAGAGAGGCGGCUUGGCAGGAGAUUGCUAAGAAAACAAAUCAAACAGCGCAUGAAUGCAGAGAUAGAUGGAAACGACUACGAGACAACUACAGAAAAGCACGAAAACUGCGACAAAUAAAAAAAACACAAGGUUUCAAAAAAAUUAAACCUAUAAAGUACGAGAAAAUAUUGGCAUUUAUAGACGCUAUAAUAGAUAACAGAGAAAGAACGGAACCCACAGAACUAGGAGAUGAAGAUUCUGAAAGCGCUUCAUCAACCAAUGUAGAAAAAUCGUUUAUUGAAGUCGCAGAGAAUGCAAUACCAGAGCUAGAGAGAAAUAACCAAGAAACUACUGAAAAUAACACAUUGGUCAAUUUUUUUGCAAAUUUAGGUGAAACCGUGAACACUUUUCCACCAGAAGUACAGAUCAGAGUGAAAAGAGACAUUUUUAAAAUUAUAAACGAGGCUGAAGAAGAAGUGCUUACCAAUAGGUUAAAUAUUAGAGGAGUGAGAAGAGUCUACAGUGAACAUGUGGACGUGAAGUUUGAAAUGUCAGAUUAUCAUUCAAAUUUUUAAAAUGAAUUUUUUUGUGACCUGAAAAGGUUUAGUUUAUAUAAUAAUUUAAUAAAUAUGCAUAAAGAUCCA